UGCACCAAUCUGGCUUUGAAAUGUCACUCAGAGCCAAAUCCCACUCAGAUCUGCAGACGGUGGGGAAGUCCUCGAUGGACGACAGCCUGUACACGUCCUUCUCCAUGAGCAGCAGUAACAUAAACAGAGGCAGCCGCUUCGCUAAUGGGACGGUAGAAGAAGUCAAAGGUCUCUGCAGACCGUCCAGGAGGCCUGUACGGCUGGUCCGGCCUGUCAGCGCUGUCAGCUCCAAUGGAUCCUUUCUCCAGAUCAACCACCUGCAGGGAGAGCUGGUCAGAAAGAGGAAGGAAUGUGAGGAUCUGAAGAAAGAAAACAAGUACCUGUCAAACGAGAUCCAUAUGGAGCGGAUCAUGAUGCGCACAGAGAAUGAGCUGACCAUGAGGAACCUGAGGAACCUGAACCAGGAGCUCCAGGCUCAAGUCAAAGAGCUGAACCAAAAGCUGUAUCAGAGCCAGCAGAGGGCGACGCUGUGCUCCCGGGCUGCAGGUGAGGCAGAGGAGUCCAGAGGGGAGGCGGAGAAGAACAGGGCCCAUGCUGAGGCUCGGGCCCUCGGGUGUCUACGGGACAAGGAGACAGCAGAGGCAGACAGGUGCCGCCUGAGUGAGGAACUACAGCAGCUCAAGAAAGAGCACACUGAUAUGCAGCUCAUUCUGGCACAGACAGAGAAGAGUUACUUUGAAACCAAGCUGAAGCUGGACCGAGUGUCCGGGGAGAAACAGGCUCUGCUGCAGGAGAACAGGAGCCUGGAGGGGGACAGAGACGACCUCCGAAACAAGCUGAGACGGAUCACAGAAGAAAAUGUACAACUUAAAGGGAGUGAGGUGAAUUCAAGGCGCAGGGCGAUGGCCUCAGAGGAGGAGAGCAAAAAGGCCAACCAGGCUCAGCGGGAGGCCGAGGCAGAGAGACGGCUGGCCGAGAAGGAGAGGCAGGAGAGGGCGGCCGAGUGUCUAAGCUGGAGGGAGAAACAUCAAGAGUUAGCCGACAAGUUCAGAGUUCAGGAGAACCUGAAGGCUCUGAGGCAGAACAAAGCAUGUCAAGCCAACAUCAAGAGUUAUUUCCUCUGCAUGACGGAGAGCGAUCAGAGGGUGAAAAUUCUCAAAAAUCAAGAUGGCAACCCAAGAAAUUUUACGGAAGGUGACCCUGUGUACAUCUCCACACCUGAGUCCAGUCCAGAGGAGACUGAAAGGAGUUCAUCCAGGACCAUGUUGAGGGUCUCUGCCCCCCACAUGGGGAGGGAUCUGGGUCCGAGUCACUUCGAUGAGCUGCCCGCUUUCGGAGGAGAGCGACCUGACUCUGCUCCUCAGCGCAGGAGCAGGAAGGUGGUGGAUUACUUCUGGAUCCCUACAGACCAAGAAUAGUCGACGGUGGACUUUUUGCAUUCGCCCAGAAACGGCAAUACGGUCAUCCUCUUGAUCGUCAGCAGAGAUGUGUUCCAGGAUUUGUAUGAGAAUUACAAUAGUGAGAAAAUAAAGACAC